UUUCUCUCCCGACAAUUAAUUUUCUUAAUAAAAUAGGAAAAUAAAACUUUGGAAAAGACAGAGAAACACUCGCAUUGAUCACUGAAAACCCUAAUUUUCCCGUUCAGCUUCUCACCUGAACCCUCAUUUUCCUCUGAUCAUUUCGCUUUCUCUUCUCGAAUCUUCCAGCUGAAGUUUCCAGAAGUUUCCUAUUGUUUGAUGGCCAUGCCGGCCGAUUCUUCAGCGUCUAACAACUCGCCGCUUUCGCCUGUCACCACCGUUGACGGUAGCUCCGCCGCCGUCAACAGUCCUCAGUCUCGCCGGAGUUUAACCUCUCCUUGGGCACAAGUCGUCCGCGGUGGCAGCGACGCUGAAACAACCACGGUCACCGCUCCUCGCUCCCCGUCAGCAUCACCAUCACCGCCGGAGCAAGUUUCGGUUCCCGAUAGCUCGGCUCAGAAAAUUUCUCCGGAGAAUGAGGUUUCCGAUAGUCAGCCUGAGAGCUCCAGUGGUACUAAUGAUGCUUUAGGUCCUCCGAAAAAGCCUGCUUGGAACAAACCUUUAAACGGCGUCGUUGAAGCCGGUUCGGUUAUGGGUGGUGCUGUUGCUUGGCCUGCUCUCUCCGAGUCUACUCGAGCCAUCCCGAAAUCGUCUUCGGAUUCAUCGAAACCAGUUGCAGAUGGAUCAAACACACUUUCUCAGGGACCUGUCAUUUCACCGUUACCGCAAAAACAAGCUAAUAGUAAUGCAAACUCACAAUCAAAUGCAAAUCACACAAUGCCGGUUAGACCAAGAUCAAUGAAGCAUCGCGGCGGCAGCAGCAGCAGUGUUGGUAGUGGCCUGGGUAGUGGAUCUAAUCAGAGCGGCUUUAGUCGGGCUCCACCUCCACCUCCACCCCCACCGCCAUUGCCACCACCAUUUCCUGUGAUGCCUUAUGGGAAUUUGUUACCGCCUGUUCUUGAUCCUCGUGUAAGAGGUCCUAGACCCAUUGGAGGAGUUUCGUCUCAGCCACAUGGAGGUGAUCACUCUUCACAUAGAAAUCCAAACAGGAAGGGAAACUUUGGGGCCCGACCCCGUGGAGAUGGAUCUUAUCAUAGUAGGCGUGAUCAAGAUCGGAGAGAUGUCCACCAAGCCCCUCAAUUUGUUCCUCCUCCAGUAGGGUUCAUAACACCCCAGUCCCCUGGUUCUGCCCCAUUUAUGCCUGCACCUUUGAGACCCUUUGCUAGUCCAGUGGGAUAUGAUAUGCCACCUCAAUUCAUUUAUGUCCCCACGAUGCCUCCAGAGUCCUUUAGGGGUGUUCCAAUUAUCCCGCCACCUCCACCACCACCACCGCCUUUCUUUUUUCCAGUCGUGGAUCCAAACUUACCUUCCUUGUUGGUUAAACAGAUAGAAUAUUACUUCAGUGAUGAUAAUCUGGUGAAAGAUGACUUUUUGAGGUCCAAAAUGGAUGAAGAGGGAUGGGUUCCUAUUGAAUUGAUUGCUAACUUUCCUCGUGUUAGGCAUUUGACAAACAAUAUCCAGUUUAUCUUGGACUGUUUGAGGGCUUCAACGCUUGUGGAAGUGCAGGAUGAUAAGGUAAGGAGACGUGAUGAUUGGAAGAAAUGGAUACAUACUUCUGGCCAUCUUACAGCUGAUUCAGGCUCUCAAACUCCUGGUGGAUCGACGAAAAAUGCUCUAACGAGUUCGUUCCAGGAGGUCUCUUUGGGUGAAUCAGGUAACGACAAAAGUAAUGAUGUGGAUCGGCGAGAUGUUCAAGUCGAGGUGGCUGUCAGUGGCUUAUCGGAGGAAUUGACUAGCCAGUCAAAAUUGGUUCAGGAAGGUAAUGCUGAAGAAAUCUGUUCCGGCCACGCAGGAAGCAGUCAAGUUGGUUGAAAGUUUUUGCAUCUUCAGUCAUGGUUGUUGGACUAUGUUGGGUAGUUCUUGUCUUGAAGGAACAUGUCUUUGGAAAAUCGACAGGUACAUCAUUGCUUCAAUUUUGACCCUGCUGAGACCAGAUUUUUGCACCUUUCGAGGUGAGUAGGUGGAAAACAAAUAACGUAUAACUUAUCUGGUAUAGAGAAUGAAAAGAAGGGGGACAUAAAAAGGAUACAAAGUUGAUUGGCUUGAAGUUAUUAGUUUUUUGGCUUGUACACUUGCAAUAUGGAUGCAGUGUGGGAUUCCAUUGCUAUUCAAUGACGUGGAUUUGUUUUGUGCUUUGCAGUGAGGAAUUUUUUGGGGUAAUUUGUCUCCGUGUGCUUGGAAAUUCAGUAGAAAGUUACUGAAAUGUAAAAAGUUCUUGGCUGUUAAAGAGAGCAGUUGAGCUCUACUGAUUUUUUUGUUAUACUUAUCUAGGCAUAUCUGCUUGAAUUAUUUUUGUAUUUUGAUAUUUAUUAAGUUUCACUUUGCCUCUUUUUGCUCCUCC